AUGUCUAGAUAUUUUCUUUUAGUAAAACGAUCCAUCGACCGACUACAGGAUGAAGAAGAUUGGGAACCCAGUCAACGGUUUGAACCGAGUACAUCAUCAUCACCUUAUGCCCACAUUUUUUCCGUGCUAAAAAAAAGGAAACGAAAUCAAGAAUCAAUUGAUUAUGAAGAUGAGGGAUAUCAGCAAAUUGAAGAAAAACGUAAACCGAGUGCUGAAGUAGGAGAUAGGAUUGUUGUAGCUCACACCGAAACAAAAGGAUCGGACGCACGAAAGGAUGUGGAAAUUGUUGAAGUGAAAAAACCCAAUUUUGAUUUUGACCUGAGCAAUGAACUCGAAGAAAGAGAUGCAAAGCUGAAACCUUUCAGCAUUAACCUCGAUCAAGUGAAAGACACCAAUUCGAAAUACAACCACACCAGAAAAAUAAAUAUAAAUCGAAAACAUUUUUCUCCUGACUUAUUUAAAACUAUAAAAAGAGAUCCAUAUAUGACGACAAAAGAAAUGAUUGACAUAUGUUUCAGUGGUUGGACAGCAGAAAAUUAAUUGAAUGAUGUAAAAUGUAUGUAUUUUAAUGUGUAUUUUAUUUUUUGAAAAUGUAUCUGUUUUUGUAUGUAUUUUAUCUGAAACUUUUUUUUUUAAAUAUUACUGUAAAAUGUAAAAUAAAAAAGGCGGGUCCCCUACAAGGGGCCUG